GAGAAGAGCAGCCAACGUCUCUAUAGAGGAUUCCAGAUGUGUCCCCCAAUGGAGAGAACAUUUUGCCUCUGCUGGAGGGUGAAAGUAGCUGUCUGGAUAAGCUAUAAGGAGGACUUGUGGAGAAAUUCAAGUACAGUAUACAUGCUAUGCUGGCGGAAGGUGAAAGCAUGGCAAGUACAACGCUCCGUGCCGCAAAUACAUCAGCGUCUCAGAAUCUUCAGAAAGUGUCUGGUUUUGUAGAAAAUAAAACCACACCGUGCUCAUUUUCUAUUGAAAGUAUUUUGGGACUGGAGCAGAAGAAAGAUGGCAUUCCAGCUGUGAAACCUCACAGACCAUGGAUGGAUGCAUGCACCAACUUGGUUUUAGGUGAUGACAGUAAUCCUCAUCUGCAAAUCCCUGUUGUUUGCUAUGAAAAUCCUUUAUUUCAUGCUAACAGUAAUCCGGUGCAAGAGGAAAAAGUUUUGAAAUGUGAAAAAUAUUUUUCAGUCACUGAAAGGCUAUCUUUCAAACGAGAAUUGAGCUGGUACAGGGGUAGAAGACCAAGAACUGCAUUCACUAGAAACCAGAUUGAAGUCUUGGAAAAUGUUUUUAAAAUGAACUCCUACCCUGGCAUUGAUAUUAGAGAAGAGCUAGCUCGCAAAUUAGAUUUAGAUGAAGACAGGAUCCAGAUCUGGUUCCAGAACCGUCGUGCAAAGCUGAAAAGGUCACACCGAGAAUCUCAGUUUUUAAUGGUGAAAAAUACUUUCACCUCCAGCCUGCUAGAGUAGAAAGAAGGAUGGUUUGCUGUUACGGCACUACAACAGCACAUGAAGAAUUAUUGGAAUUUUCAUAACUUGUAUUAAGUAGCGGUGAUAUAUUAAUUAUGACUUUAUCCCCAGAUUUGAAAGUUUAUCAUAAUUUUCAUUCAAAUAAACUAAAUACUUAAAGUUA